AAAUAUUUAUAAAAAUAUGAAACGUGCUUAUAUGCUACUGUAACUCAUUGCUGGGUGGGUGUCCUGCAAGCCAAGUAAAAAAAUCUUCAGCUGGUUCAAAACGCAGCAGCUUGCUCACUAGAUCAAAUAAUUACAACCAUAUAAGCACAAUUUUAUAAUCGCUGCUUAGCUGCAUUGGACAUAUUUCAAAAUUUUGCAUAUAACUUUUAAGGGGCAGUUUCCCGGACAGGGCUUAUCCUAGUUCCAGACUAUUAAAAAAUACUGGUUUCAGCUGCCUUAAUUUAAAAACAUCUUCCACUGACAUCUAAACAUAUAUCCUGGCUUCAGAUAAUCAGUAUAUAGAGAAGAGUGGGGAAGGUUGCAACAUUUUUUGUAUUUAUUUCAGUUUCUCAGAGACUGUUUGUAUUGGAAAUCCAAACAUUCAAUUCAUUGAACCUACAUUUAACAGCUACCAACCCACUGCUGUAGCAUGUUUAAAUAUGACAAUAUACAUACAAUUUAUAGUUGACAAAGUCAAAUGUUGCACCUGAUCCCAUUUUAGGGAUAUAAAAAAAAGAAAAUAAUUAUUCUAUUUCAAGAUUGAUCAAUUUCAUUAUUUUAUUACUGUACAAACAGGGUCUUUACAAAGUUUAAAUGGCUGUGUAAAUACUAAUAACAACAAGUUACCAACUAUGUUUUGUAAGGUCUACAAGAAAUUUGAACUGCUAAAUGUUUUAUAUCAAAAUUUAUUCAAAAUAGAAGCCACCAACUUAACAUUAGGAUUUUAUCCAGUGUUGAGAGAGCUUUUUAUUUGUGUUUUCUUCAAAACAAUCACAUCCUAAUGACGAAAGCGUGCUCGAAUCGAAAAAGUUUAGUGUGAGUGCAAGCUUCAUGGGAAAAAAAUGGGAGACACCUAAUAAAUAUUUUUUUAUUAUUCCAUGAAUCAAAUUUUAUUAUGUUAAUUUUAACAUCAAUGUAAUUAUAAGGGACAUUUGCAAUAGCAUGCUGCCUCAUUCCUCUGGCAUACUCACAGCUGUGCCGAUCACUAGAUCACACCCCUACUCCAUAUUGAUUCGUUAUAUUUCUAUGAAACGUAAUUCUCUUUUGUUCCAGAGUUUGUUGGGUCAAUUCUGCGUAUAAAGUUGGUUGCUUUUUUAUUUUUUAUUGUAAAUGUACAUACACAAAAAUGUCAAAGGCAGACACAUUGCACCAUCAACAGUCACAAUUCAUAUAUGAAAAUACAAAGAAGUGUAUUGUAUACAAAGAAUUAAAUAAUUAUAAAUAUGAAUUAAACGGAAGGAAAGAAAAUCUUUAUAAAAUUAAAUUAAGUAAUAAUAAACUUAAAAUAAAGCAUUGACAACACAGGGAAUAAUUAUUUGGUAGAAAUAAAGUGGGUUGCUUACAUAAAAAUCUCUUUAUAUUUGAGCUCACUCCUGGAUUAUCAGCUGCCUCUUUUAACCAAAGAUAAGAUUGAAGAUUAAAUCAGAUGACUCUUAAAUAAUCAUGUUUUGAUCAGGACUACACCUUAGUUUCACAAUCUGAUAUGAAUCAAUGCACAGGAAUUGACUGCUGUAGGUUGUCUGAGCAUCUUUAUCAUAGAAACACACCUACUGAUAAAAUGAACUUGUAAUGCACUGUGAAUUGCUUUGGAUUAAAGUAUUUGCCAAAUGCUAGAUUUUCAGCCUUUCUCUAUAUUUCAGGUAACCUUACUACAGAUAAAUUGUUACUGUCAGAUAAGGUCAAAUGGCCAAUGACUUACAAAAGUAAAGCAAGGCAGUACAAACCACUAUUCCUUUUUGCUUUUUAUCAUUGGUGCCUUUGCAUUUAUGUCCUUUUUAUUGCUAACUUUGUCCAUCACAGCAGGGUGAAUGCAUCCUAAUUACUGAUAAUUGUUACUAUAAAGAAAAGUUAAAGAAAGAAAGUGUAAAGAAAGCAGGUUUUUGAUUAAUUUUGCUGUUAACAUUAUUUAUACCAACAUUAGUUAAAUCAGUUAAAUGCAACUUUAUGGUAAAAGUCAUUAAAUCACUCACAACACUGUAGUUCUAGGAAACAUAACUUAACAGGAAGAAUAAGACUUUGUUUUUUAAAACAGCAUAUUCUUUCAUUUAUAAUAAACAUGUAUGUGCAGAUUUAAAUAAAAUUUGCUACUAUUAAGUGGGGUCCGUGUCAAUUAACUCAAAUACAGAAGACUGAAUAUGAACACAUUCCAAGAAAUUAUGUAAUAUGAUAUGCAAUAUAUUUCAGUAACUUAAUUUGUGACUAAAGUUUGUGUCAAGGUCACAUGAAUGCUUUUCAGAAGUUGAUCAUUUUUUCAGGCAGAACAGGUUGUUUUUGUAUCACCUCUCAAUGGCUACAUUUUGUGUGACUAAUGUGACAUCACAAAUAGAGAAGGUUUAAAUGCGGACAGUGACAGUGUUCGGCAAGUGAUGAUGACACGCGUCAGCAUGUUCUCCAUCGUCGUAGCAUCAGUGCUCAUUUCUAGCGCCUUUGGUUGUGGCCAACCACCCAUUGAGCCUGUCAACUACCUCGUGGUCAAUGGAGUGGAAGCCAGACCCCACAGCUGGCCUUGGCAGAUCUCUCUGCAGGUUCUGGAGAAUGGAUCAUUGAUCCACUAUUGUGGAGGAUCUAUCAUUGACACUAACUGGGUGAUGACCGCUGCUCAUUGUAUCAGUUCUUCACUGACCUACAGGGUGUUUGUUGGUAAGCACAACCAAUCAGAGGAUGAGGCUGGGUCAAAGGCCAUCAGUCCAGAGAAGAUCAUUGUGCAUGAGAAAUGGGACCCCAUAAUGACCUUCGAGGGCAGUGGCAGUUAUAGGGUUAAGCUGUCCGAGCCUUUAACACUAAGUGAUAGUGUUCAGCUGGGUUGUAUCCCACCUGCAGGCAACGUCCUUCCAAACAACUACACCUGCUAUGUUACAGGCUGGGGAAGACUGUCCACUGUAGGACCUUUGCCUGAUACACUGCAACAGGCUCUGAUGCCCAUAGUUGACCAUAAAACUUGCACUCAGCCUGACUGGUGGGGUUCAUUUGUCAAAAAAAGCAUGGUCUGCUCUGGUGGAGAUGGUGUUGUUGCUGCUUGCUUUGGUGACUCUGGUGGUCCUCUGAACUGCAAGAACUCUAAUGGUAUUUGGGAAGUGCAUGGUAUUGCCAGUUUUGUUUCUGGCCUGGGUUGCAACACGUUGAAGAAACCUACUGUUUUCACCCGUGUGUCCGCUUUCAAUGACUGGAUUGAUCAGACCAUGAUGAACAACUGAGAUGGACCAUAUGCUGACCUAUAUUGCUAAGAAUGAAAAUUCCAACAAACCAUCAAAGCAAAUAACAGAUCAAUAUUGGGUUGUUUAAGUUUUUCAGAUAUACACUCACCUAAAGGAUUAUUAGGAACACCAUACUAAUACUGUGUUUGACUUCAGAACUGCCUUAAUUCUACGUGGCAUUGAUUCAACAAGGUGCUGAAAUCAUUCUUUAAAAUGUUGGCCCUUAUUGAUAGGAUAGCAUCUUGCAGUUGAUGGAGAUAUGUGAGAUGCAUCCAGGGUACGAAGCUCCCUUUCCACCACAUCUCAAAGAUGCUCUAUUGUGUUUAGUACAGUCCAAUUUGAAAUGAUUUAAGCUUUGUGACAUGGUGCAUUAUCCUGCUGGAAGUAGCCAUCAGAGGAUGGGUACAUGGUGAUUAUAAAGGGAUGGACAUGGUCAGAAACAAUGCUCAGGAAGGCCGUGGCAUUUAAACAUUGCCCAAUUGGCACUAAGGGGCCUAAAGUGUGCCAAAAAACAUUCCCCACACCAUUGCAUUAAUGAGAAAUUGAACAGGUGUUCCUAAUAAUCCUUUAGGUAAGUGUAUUUAUUCACCACAAACUACCAAAUAUUAGCAGAAUAUCAGUUUAAACUUUGUUCGUGUUGCUCAGCGGGUGGAGCAUUGUGUUAGAAGCGUAAAUGUCAUGGGUUCAGUAUCAAGGCUGCUGAUAAAUUAAAAGGUAUAUCUUAAAUGCACUGUAAGUUGCUUUUGAUAAAAGCAUCUGCCAAAACUCAAACUGAAACAUCUUCUGCUUUUACUUUGAUGGAUCCUACCUUAGAUCCUCACGUGCAGAAUGUUUUUAUUUUUGUGUUCUUUAGUUUAUUUUUAAUCAUUUAUUUACAUAAUCAUUUUAUAAUCAUUAGAUAUCCAUAUCAUUGUUUAUUUGAUUAUUCAAUAUUAUUUUUAUUAUUAUGAAUUUCAUUAUUAUAAUUUUUAUAAUUAUUUUAUAUGUUUAUUCAUUCAUUCAUUAAUUCAUUCAUUAUAUUUCUAAUAUUUCAUUUAUUCAUUCAUUAAUUAUAUUUCUAGAUUUUAUGUUUAUUUAUUCAUUGAUUAUAUUUCUAUAUUUUAUAUGUUUUAUUAAUUUCAUUGUUGUUCAAUCUCAUGUUUGUGAAUUUUCAUGAGCUGUCCUGUCUGUUAGUGAUGUAGUACUCGAGUCCGGUCUCGAGAUCGGUCUCAAGUCCGAGAAUAAACUCAUGAUUUCCACUUUCUCUGACUUGUUCCUUCAAAGACUUGGUCUUGACUCGGUCUCGGACCACAGUGGGAGGAGGAGGACUCGUAAUUUCAGACCUUGAGUCCUUGAGACCAACACAUUUUAACAACAACAAUAAUAAAAUGCAAUGUUGAUGGCCAUUAUUUGAAAAUGACAUCCCAUGGUGCAAUGCAAAGAUACUUACAUCAGAGCCAUUUAUUUAUCUCUAGAAAAAUAAGCAGAAGAUGACGAUGUGGUAGGGAUUUUUUUUUUAUGAUAGCAAAAGCAUAGUCCACAUUAAGACUUUAAGACUGCUAAACAAUUCCCAAUCUGUAGGCUUAACUGUUGAUUAUUAACUGGGGUGAUAUUAAAUCAUGAAUAUGAAAACUGACAUGUUUUUAUGGUCUUGGUCUCGACUCCUAAAGGACUCGGUCUCGACUCAGACUUGCUUCCUCAAAGACUCGGUCUUGACUCGGACUCGAUUCUAUUUGAAAACCAACGGACUCGGUCUCGACUCGGUCUUGACCCUUUAAAGACUCGGUCUUGACUCAGACUUGGCAUAGGCGGUCUUGUCCCCAUCACUACUGUCUGUGUAAACAGAGAUAGAUAAGGGGAAUGUUUAUGGAACCAGAGGUGAAAUGGGCUCGGCAGAUGAAGUUUAAACAUUAAAACA